AUGGCGAUGGACCUAGAGGCCACGAUGGACGAGACGGACGUCAUCGUCAUCGACAUGGGCUCCGGAGUGACUAAAAUCGGCUUCUGCGGCGAGGACGCGCCGCGGGCGUGCGUAGAUACAGUCGUAGGCCAGGUGGAGAUCAUUGCGGGUGGAGGGCUCGGCCAGUCCAGCGGGAGUGCAGCCGGACAAGUAGAGAAAACAAAGAAGACGCUGUUGGGACUGGAGGCCUACCAAUACAACAGCGCCGCGGUAGCAUCGGAAAGCCAAGGCGGGGAAGCCGCGAGCGUAUCAGGGAGCCCGGUAUUGACCUACCCAGUAAAGCGCGGAAUGAUCGAUCACGGGAGCGAGGCAGGCGGCUCUGCGGUUGAGAGCUUGUUGCAGCACGCAUUUACCAAGGUCCUAGGGGUCGAGCCGGAAGAUUUUCCCGUGUUGCUGCUCGACUCACCAACAGAAACAAAAGCCGCCCGGGAGUGGAUGGGCGAGGUAAGUAUGAUGAAUUAACAGAAGUUUUAGUUUUCUUUCCAAGGAAUUUCCGCGCACGAAUACUUUUUUUUGUUCCGCUUGCUGGCUUGGGAAAGGAAAAAGCCAAGCAGCUACUUCGCGUAGUAAGUACGGGCGCUUCUACAUGCAAAUUCUAAAUCCCAAAAAACUCCAGCUGCUUUUCGAGAAGUUCAAGGUGAAGAGUCUGGCCAUGUUCAACACGGCUGUUAUGUCGCUUUUUUCAACCGGGAAGACGAGAGGUCUGGUUCUGGAGUCCGGUGAUGGAGUCACGCACGCUGUUCCGGUACUCUUACGCUGUCUUAUUACGAAGAUGGGUUAUUUUCAGCGAAAAUCAUAUGCUUCAUGGUUGCUUUCUGCAUCAAUAUCCAAGCACAUUCACAAAAAGAAGUAUACAUAGCAGGGCGAUAAGGUGCAGAUGGAACUACAUGUAGUUUUUGUGCAUUCUUCUAUCUAAAUCUCAGGUCUUCGAGGGCUACGCAAUACCACAUGCCAUGUUCAAACUGGACUGCGGUGGCUCCGACAUCAUAUCCCAUCGGAUAACAUCCCCUCACGACCCUUAUUUCCGUUGACUUGUAACGCUGAUCCAUACAAUUACAACGUACCCCCUCCUAGAUGAUGCAAGAUGAAAAUUCACUACAGUGUACUCCUCGAUCCUCAACAAUUACGCUCGGCCUUGGGCCUGAUAGAUUAAGAUUUUACGAGUCUCCGCAUUUUUUUGCAGAUGGAGGGUGAUGAGGGUGAUUUUGCAUGCGAUUCACUACGGAGGAGCUUUACGCCCGGUGUGUCGACGCUCGAAUUGUACCGGAGUUCGAGCCCGCCCAGCAAGUGCUCGUCAUGCGAAAGAUGAAAGAAAAACUCUGCGAAGUUGUUAUUGAUUACGAUAAAGCCUGCUCAUAUGAAAAUGAAAACAGAAAACGAAAAGCGGCAAAGCUCCCCGCCGAUAGGUAGCCAGUACGUGUCUGUCCUCCAUGCUCGUGGAAGAUGAUAGGCCUACAAAGACCAGCAAGUACUCUCGGAAUAGACGAGGACGAGCUUUGUCAUGCUUUUUGUGUCCAUACCUUCAGCAAGGACCCAUCUGACCAGGAACACAGGUCCUUCGAAUUACCAGACGGCAGCAUCGUACAGGUAAGGAUUCACCUGUAGUUGUUUAUGGAUUUCAUAAUUUCAUUUUUCCGUUUGUGAUGGUGGCUAACUGGAAUUACAAAUGAAGUAGAAGUGCAUGGCAAUCGCGCCAUGAAUUUGACUAAAGUAGGAACAACUGUUGCAUGAGAAACUUGUAACUCAUUACGUCUUGUAAGAAUGUGAAUGCGCAAAAAAAAAUCAGAUCCCGCACGACAUUCGUUAUGCUGCGGGGGAAGUCCUCUUUUCCAGUGACGAGGAGCAGAGCGUGCAACACAUCUGUGCUUCUGCCCUGAACACCCUAGACCCUGAAUUCCGCGCCGAGUGCAUGCACAACAUUGUGCUCACAGGAGGUAUUUGAGCGUCUACAACAUUUUGCAAUAUCUAUAUCAUGAUCAUGUCUGUCUCUGUGGACCAUCCAUGUUCUUCAGCUGGAGCUGCAGCGGCAUCUUCUUCGCAUUCGCUGCACCUGCACCAUCAUGCAACAAUGAAGAGCACGUACAUCAUCAUAGGAAAAUGCCUCUGAGCAGCCAGGUCUGUUAGUCCUAAAAGUUGUGAUUGAUCGCCGGUUUCGGCAGGCCAGGACACAAAUCAGAGGAGAUACACUCUGCCGUGUGAUCCUUGCGAGGAUCAAGCUUUCAAUAAAAAAGACAACCGCAAUAUCACGCACAGGUACAAGCAUGCUUCCUGGCGUUCCCGGCAGAAUAAGCAGCGAGGUGCAGAAGCUCGUCGGAAGCAAAGUUGAGCUGGUCCUGGAUUCGCAGCGAAAAAACGCCGCCUGGAUAGGGGGGUCGAUGUUUGCCAGCUUCUCCACGUUUCCUUACUACGAAAUCACCAAAGCGGAUUACGAGGAGCAAGGCAAAAUCGAUCUGAAGUCCCUGAUCGCACGGAAAACCUACUAGACAGACUGCAAAGACAGGAGCAGGAGGGUCGGCGCAAGACACUUUGACUCACUCGAACUUCUACGUCACCCAUGAUGCGGCUGAUUUUUGAGGCUUAGGAAUGGUUUCUUCUUCGUCCCAGUCGCGAUUCCGGUGUGUUUUCAUUUUGAAAAGUUUUUGCACUGAUGAUGUAGCUACAAAUGUACUGGAAAGAGGAGCUGAAGACGCGGACAGAUUAACUCAUUUACUGUUACAACACAAAUACACAGAUAAUCUCAUCGAAAUCGAAAAGAUGCUAUAUUGGUAACAACAUCAGAUAUGACAAUCAAGCCAGUGGUCAUGCAAUUGCGUGGUCCAACUAAGAACAAAAAAUAACACUAGGAGUGCGCGAGCGCAUGUCCUUGCACUCGCACUGCAGCAAACCGAACAAAUGGUUUUUUUAUUUUCAUCUUUGCGCAUUUUCCUUUUUGGAGAUUCAGAUUGAGAAGGAGAACGCGAAGUUACAUGCAGCUGGCCUGCUGGUUCCCACCGAACAACCGUGAAGUGCGCGAAUCAUUGCGCAUUCCUCUUUGGACAAAAGUACCGAAACAUCACCAAGGACGUUUCGAAUGUUCGACCAACAAGCCUCGGGUUUUUGUAAGUGAAACGAAGGAAUGAUGAUCUUGAUCUGCG